AUGUUUUGCUGUUCAUCAACUAAGAAAAAGAUGGAAAACUAAAAACAAUUAGAAGUAAUAGAACAGUUAGAGCCUGAGAAUUAACAAGGAGAUAGGUAAAGUGCUUAGUUAUUAUAUUAAAUAUUAGAUCCUGUAGAACCAAUCAAUAAUAAGAGGUAGGGUUAGAAAUAGAAGAAAGACCUAAGAAAAAUUCAGUAGGAUACUAAGUGCAAGAUGAAAAUGUAUCAGCAUCAAUAUGUCCAUCAUUUGUGGUUGGUAAAACUCCUUUUACUCUUUUCGUUAUAAGUCUUCUUGAGAAAUAAUAAAAUAUGAAAAAGGAGUCUUAAUAAUAAGAGGAAAUGAAAAUAGACUUUUAGGAAGAUUUAAGUGUGAUAGUUAGUUAUCCGUAAAUUCAGGCAGAAGUUAAGAAUAAUGAAAACGAUAAAUCAUAAUUUGAAGAAAUAGCAGAUCAACCUGAAGUGAUAUAAGAGGAAGAUGAAGAAGAAGAAGAUCGAGAAAUGUCAGAGGAGGAAGCUAAGAAUGCAGCAAUAUAUAAAUGGGCUAAAGAGAUUCAUGAUUAUAAUACAGAUAAUACUGAAGAAUUAAUUUUCAAAGCUGUCACUAAUUUUAAACCUCUUUAAUCAAAAGAAGAAUCUAGAUCAACUUUAGCACAUAAAGAUGGUGGUAAAGUAUGCAAGAAUAAAAAAUUAAUAAGAACAUUAAGAGCAAUAGGUAAAGAGUUGAUUAAAUAAAUUGGUAAACAAAUUUUAUCUGGCAAUUUAAAUUUAACAACUGUGUCAUUUCCUAUUAAAGCUAUGAUACCUAAAUCAGCACUUGAAAAAGUAUUAAUGUCAAGUUGUCUAUUUCCAUUAUACAUAAAUAGAGCAGUUCUUGAAACAGAUCCUAUUGAAAGAGUAAAGUAUUAAAUAUUAUUUUUAGAUGAAAUUAAUUAUUUGUGCCACCUUAGGCAAUUUUUAUUUGAAUUGUUCAUUUCUUAAACCACUUAAUCCUAUCUUAGGUGAAACAAUCUCUGGUUUCUAUUAAGAUGGAACUACUGCUUAUGUAGAAUAAAUCUCUCAUCAUCCUCCUGUUAGUUAUUUUCUUACUAUUGGUCCUAAAAAUAGUUAUAAAUUUUAUGGAUAUUAUAACUAUGAAGCAAAAGCAGGAGUUAAUUCAUUAUCUUUAAAAAAUAAAGGAAAAAGGUUUUUAUAAUUUGCUGAUGGAGAACUUAUUGAAUAUAAUUUUGCAGGUGAAGAAUAUAGUGGUAGUUUUUGGGGACCUAUGAAAGUAGAAUGUAAAGGAAAAAUUACUUUCAUUGAUAAAAAAAAUGAUAUUUCUGCUUGUGUUGAAUUAGAUAGUGUAAGAUGGAAAGCUUCAGAUUAUCUUUCUGGAGAAAUUAAAAAAACAGGCAAAAAAGUAUGCAAAAUAUAUGGAUCAUAUAUGGGAUAUAUUGAAUUUGCAGAAGUCAGAUAUUGGGAUGUUAAUUAUAUACGUCCAUAUGAAUGUAAAGUCUUUAAACCUAAUCCAUUUCUAUUAAGUGAUGCAUCAUUUAGACCUGGUAUUAUUAAUUUUUAUUUUAGAUUUAAGAUAACUUAAACGUAAUUAAGUAUUAGAUGCAUAAAAAUAAAAAGAUGAUCUAGAAAUGCAAUAAAGACAAGAUGCUAAACUUAGAAAACCUAAAAAAUGAUUUUCACUUGAAUUAUUGUUAUUCAUAUUUAUGCAAAC